AUGACACAAAACAUCGACUUCCAGACGGCGGUCGAGUCCGUGAAAUCCGGCCAGGAUCCAUCCCUUGCGGCAAGAGAGCUGCUCCAUGAGCUCAAUGAAGAGGAAAGGCUUGGCCUACUGCAUGGCGAUCCCGGAUUCUGGGAGGGAAUGCACAAGCUCUACACUGGAUACUAUCUCGCGAAUCCAUACGUUCAUGGCGAAAUCAAGAGGUUAGGGAUCCCCGGCAUCCGAUACUGCGAUGGUCCGCGCGGUGUCAACAUCAACAAAGCAACCGCGUUUCCGGUCUCGAUGGCACGGGGGGCGACGUGGGACCCUCGCGUGGAGGAACGUGUUGCGGAAGUCAUCGGCCUCGAAGCACGGGUGUACACGGCCAACACGGUAGGCAGCGCUUCAAUUAACUUGCCCCGACAUCCGGCGUGGGGACGUGUCCAGGAAACAUAUGGCGAAGAUCCACUGCUCCUUGGCGAGUUUGGAGCGGCCCAUGUGCGCGGUCUGAGGCCGAAUGUCAUGGCCUGUGUGAAGCACUUCGCGCUGAAUUCAAUGGAAACUGCACGGUUCCGCGUCAAUGUGCAUGUGGACGAGGCCGCGCUAUACGAGUUGUACCUGCCGCACUUCAAGCGAUGUGUGGAAGAGGGUGCGCCGGUCAUCAUGUCGGCGUACAACUCGGUCAACGGAGAGUGGGCCAGUGAAAACCAGCACUUAUUGACCAACAUCUUGCGCAACUUGUGGGGGUUUAAGGGAGUCGUCAUAUCUGACUGGGUGUUCGGAGUGCGUGACGGCGUCAAGUCCGUCAAGGCCGGGCUUGACAUCGAAGCCCCAUUCCGCAAUCGGCGAGAAGCCUCGGUGCGUCCGGCUCUGGACUCUGGCGAACUCAGCUGGACAGAAAUCAACCAAGUCGCGCACCGAAUCCUGACCAUCCAGCUGCUCCACUAUGCGACUCGCAACCCAGAAGAGCCCACCAUUGACGUGGUAUUCAACAAGGCGUCGCGCCAGCUAGCCCGCGAAGUCGCAUCGAAAUCCAUGGUCCUGCUGAAAAAUGCCCAGGUCAACGGCGAACGACUACUGCCACUGCCGGAGAGACUAGGCAGUCUCGCGGUUAUUGGCCGCCUAGCCACCUCGCGCCAGACGGGGGAUCGUGCAUCGUCAUUGGUAGCGUGCCCGGAGGUCAUAUCCCUGUACGACGGGAUAAAAGAUGCGCUUCCGCAUGUCAGGAUUCUACUUUCCGACUCUGAUAAUGAGGAAGGUGCCGUGAGCGCCGCAACGAAAGCAGACGUGGUUGUCUUGGUGGUGGGAUACGAUGCAGAGGACGAAGGCGAGUUCCUCCGGCCGUCGAGGGAAACCGAUCCCAGUGCGCAGGCGUUGUUACCGGAGCCUGAUGAUUCCUACUGGGCUAGACGUGUCCAGUCCGCCAGGAAGGCAGCAGUGAAAUCCGCAGCCACGGCUAGCCCGGGGGAGCCGGAGGAACUUCAGUCAAGGCCCACUGGGGGUGACCGACGCUCGCUGCGUCUCCGCGACGAGGAUGUGAGGUUGAUUCAUGCCGUCGCUACUGUGAAUCCCCGAGUUAUCGUUUCAGUGAUAACAGCAGGUGCAAUCAUUGCAGAAGAGUGGAGGUUCAAGGUUCCCGCGUUCCUGGUGAGCUGGUAUAGUGGAUGCGAGGGGGGAAGGGCGCUCGCAGACGUCCUGACAGGCGCGGUGAACCCUAGUGGACAUUUGCCGUGGUGUAUGCCCCGAAGCGAGGCAGGCCUGCCCGAGUUUGACGCCAAUGCGAACGAAAUUACAUACACAAAAUGGGUUGGACAGCGCCUCCAUGACCGCCGAGGGGUGACAGCCGCAUACCCGCUCGGGUUCGGACUUUCCUACACCAAAUAUCUCGUUGAGAGAGCAGUGAUUGGAGGCGCCCAUACCCAGGGAAUUCGGCUGCAGGUGCAGGUGCGCAAUGUCGGCGAGCGAGCAGGACGAUGCGUCGUGCAAGUGUAUGGAUGCCCCAAGUUCCGCACGGCAGCAGAUGACUUCCCUACGCGAGUUCUGGCGGGCUUCCAGGCCGUUGAGCUGCGCGCCCACGAGGCAAAAUCAAUAGAGGUUGUAGCAGCCUCCAGCCCCUUUCACCGAUGGGUGAAUGGGCAGCUGCUGUGGGACGUGACGCAAGUUGUGCUGGAAGUUGGCCAGUUUUCAGGAGACCCCGAGGCAGUGAAAGUGCUGUAUCAUCCGCUCACCUCACGCAUGUGA